AGAUUUUCACAGCUGAAUUAAAUCCUGAGUGUGUAACGCUGAGGGCUGCUUCAUCAUUCACACCAGACUCAGACAUUACAGCUGUUUUUACAACAAAGAGACGAACACUUUCACAAGGAACUCCAACAAGGAUGCCUGUAGAGACAUCAUCAAUCAGAAACCCCUCGGCUGUGGACCGUUUUCCGACUGGUACUCUUAAACAGGAGGAUGUGGAGAAAACGGAACAGAAAUGGUCCUGUGGCGAAUGGUUUCGGCAGUGUUGCUGCUCCUGCCGGAAAUCUCACAAGAGCACAAGCAGCACCACAGACGCUGCUAAUGCAACGGCAGAAAAAAACGAGACCCCAGGGACAGCCGGCCUUCUGGAAGUGCGCUCUGUAAACCUCCUGAAGUCCAGCAAAGAGCGAAACCGGCUGGAGCAUCACACAGAGCGAUACCGCAGUGAAAACCUGAUCAUCCGCAGAGGACAGACCUUCCAGAUGCAGAUCGAGCUUUCCAGAACCUUCGACCCAAAGACCGAUAAACUCCACCUGGAUCUCAAACUGGGUGAUCUUCCAGAUGUUUCCAAAGGCACACAUGUGGUUGUUCCUUUGGUUGAGGAACUGCAGGAUAACUGCUGGGAGGCCAAAAUAGUAGAACAGAAAAGUAGAUUGAUCAAACUGUCUGUCAACUCUCUGCCUACCGCUCCUAUUGGCAAAUACAAGCUAGGUGUUGCGACAAGUUGCCCUGUGGGUGAAUCCAUGUCCCCAUACAACCCUGACAACGACAUCUACAUGCUGUUCAACCCCUGGUGUGAAGAGGACUUGGUGUACAUGGAUAAUGAGAAAGAGAGGAAAGAGUAUGUAUUGAACGACAUGGGCAUCAUCUAUUAUGGGACGGACAGUCAGAUCGGAUACAGAACUUGGAAUUUUGGCCAGUUUGAUAAAAGCAUCCUUCCUGCGUGUCUGUUUCUGCUGGAGCGCAGUGGUGCUCCGGCCUCAGGAUGGGGAGAUCCUGUAAACGUGGUCAGGCUUUUGUCUGCAAUGAUUAACGCUCCUGAUGACAAUGGUGUGUUGGUCGGCAACUGGUCAGGCACAUACGAUGACGGCACAGCCCCUACGUUCUGGAGUGGCAGCAGUGACAUUUUGAGACAGUACUACAACAAUGGAGGAACGCCGGUCAGAUACGGACAGUGCUGGGUCUUCUCUGGCGUCACCACUUCAGUGAUGAGGUGUUUAGGGAUUCCCACCAGGAGCAUUACAAACUUCGAGUCUGCUCACGACACAGACGCUUCUUUGACGACAGACGUGUAUUUGGAUGAGAACCAUGAGCUGAUCGAGGAGCUUUGCAGAGAUUCUGUCUGGAACUUUCACGUGUGGAAUGACUGCUGGAUGGCCCGUCCCGAUCUGCCCGCAGGUUUGGGGGGCUGGCAAGUAGUAGAUGCCACUCCUCAGGAGACCAGUCAGGGCGCUUUUCGCUGCGGUCCUGCUUCGGUCGCAGCUGUCCGAAAUGGACUGGUUUACCUCAAGCAUGACACACCGUUCGUAUUCGCAGAGGUGAACAGUGAUAAGGUGUACUGGCAGCGGACUGCAGAUGGCUCCUUCACUCCUGUCCAGAUUAAGAAGAAAGCAGUAGGUCACUGCAUCAGCACUAAAGCAGUCGGCUCUGACGAACGCGAAGAUGUCACACACCUCUACAAAUACCCAGAAGACUCAGAGGAGGAGCGCAUUGCAGUGGAAACAGCCGUUCAGCAUGGCUCUAAAGCUGGACUUUAUGAAAUCUCCAGUGUUAACGACAUCAGUAUUGAGAUCUCGAUGGAUGGAGAAGAGCCUCAGCUGGGCUCAGAUGCUAAUCUAGCCAUCACUGUGAAGAACAGCAGCUCAGAGCAGCGUACUUUCCAGCUCAACGGUCAGGUGGCUGUAACGUACUACACCGGAGUUUAUAAAACUACAGUGAUGAAAGACCAGAUACCCAUCGAACUGAAGCCCAAUGAAGCUGAGACUGUUGAGUGGAGCUUACUGUACGAUCACUACAAAGACCAUCUGGUGGACCAGGCCAUGCUGAUGCUCACACUCACGGGACGGGUCACUCAGACCAAACAGGUCCUGGUAAACCAGUUUCACUUCAGACUGCGCACACCCGACCUGGCCAUCAAAACCAAUGGAGAUGCUGUUGUUGGGAAAGAGUUGACGGCUUCGAUCACUUUCCGCAAUCCUCUUAAGCAAACGCUGAAGAACGUGAAGUUUCGCAUUGAAGGACUGGGGCUGCAGCACGUCAGAGAGAUUUCACACGGAAACAUCGAAAGCUUGGCCACAGUGACUCUGACAGAGAAGUUUAUCCCUCUGGAGGCAGGGCAACACAAACUGCUGGCUGCACUGGACUCACGGCAGCUGCCUCAAGUCCAUGGUGUCGCCAACCUCACAGUCAAAGCAAACUGAAGGAAAACCUGCGCAAGACCAGAGACCGCUCUGCACUGGAGCUUCAGAGUUUAGGAAAGCCAGCAAUGAAGGGCAUGAAAAAUUAGACUGGAAUGCAGCCUUUGAGCACAAGGCUGUUUGGAAUGACACUUCAAUAUGGCGGCCAUGUUUUUUUCCACUCUGAAGUGCCCUUCUAUGGGCGAUAGAUCUUAUUUGUUAUGCACCACAUUUUUUAAUGACGCGUGAAAAAUCUUGUAUUUAUUUUGUGACUUGUUAUAGGCAAAAAUAUAUCAUGUUUUGUCCUGUUA